GGGACUGAGCCGGUUCUCCCCUCCCCCCCCCGAGCAUAAGCAGCGCCUCGUCUUAGCCUGGAGCCCCUGACCCCCUUGCUGCCAAUACGAAAUAAGGCCCGAAGGCGGAGGCGCCGUCCAGACAUGGUGGACUGAAACUCAGGAGAGUUUCCUGGCCCAUUGCACGAUUCUGCCUCCCUCCACCCGCCCAGAGCUCCAGGGGAAGGAGGGGGCGUCUUUUCCCGCUUCCCUCCUUUUCUUUCUUGUUUGUUGUCCCUAUGGAGCAGCUAUACCCCGACUUCGACCAUGCCUAGAAAAAUGGGGAAUGGGCAAUUGCCCUUACCCGACGGUUGGGAGGAGGCGAGGGAUUACGACGGGAAAGUCUUCUACAUCGACCACAACACCAAGCAGACCAGCUGGAUCGACCCUAGAGACAGGUUAACAAAGCCAUUAUCCUUUGCAGACUGUGUCGGAGAUGAGCUACCAUGGGGAUGGCAAGCUGCAUACGAUCGUCAGAUUGGUGUCUACUAUAUCGACCACAUAAACCAAACUACACAGAUAGAAGAUCCAAGAAAGCAAUGGCGACAAGAACAAGAAAAAAUGUUAAAAGAUUACCUUACUGUAGCUCAAGAUGCACUUAGCACUAAGAAAGAACUUUUCCAUGUGAAAGAGCAGAGGCUGGCUCUUGCCUUGGGUGAAUAUGUACGGCUGAAUGAUGUUUACAAGGAAAAAUCAAGCUCUUAUACAAGUCUUUUCUCAAGCUCCUCUUCCAGCACAAAAUAUGAUCCUGAUAUUCUGAAAGCAGAAAUCUCCACUACAAGAUUAAGGGUUAAAAAACUGAAGAGGGAACUCUUGCAGAUGAAGCAAGAAUUAUUAUAUAAGGAGCAAGGCUAUGAAACAUUGCAACAAAUUGACCAAAAAAUGUCUGGAGGCCAGAAUGGAUAUGAGUUAAGUGAAGCCAAAGCUAUUAUGAAUGAAUUGAAGUCUAUCCAAAAAGCUAUAAGCUCUGGUGAAAAAGAAAAGCAAGAUUUAAUGAAGAGCCUUGCAAAGUUGAAAGAAAGAUUUCUUCUUGGUCAUACUGUUGCCCAAUCAGAAUCAGACUUGAGAUGCAGCCUAGCAGAUUCCCAACAGUCUCUCUCCAAGCAAACUUUGGAUGCAGGGUCUCAGACAGACAUUUCUGGUGAUGUCAGUGUAAAGAACAUGGCCAAUUUAGCUGAAAAGGUCAGAUUGAGUCUUCACUAUGAAGAAGCUAAAAGAAGAAUGGCAAACUUAAAAAUAGAACUUUCUAAGUUAAAAAGUGAAGCUUGGCCUGGGGCACUGGAAAUUGAGAAGGAAAAGUUGAUGCUGAUAAAUGAAAAGGAAGAGCUUCUGAAAGAACUUCAAUUUGUCACCUCAUGUAAGCGCACGCAAGAUGAAUUGAAGCAUUUAGAAGCAGAAAGGAAGAGACUGGAAGAGGAACUAUCUAUGAAAAGCACACCUAGUGAUGAACUUACAGAGAGGUUGAAAUUAGAAGAUAGAAAGAAUAAAUUGGUUAAAAAACUUGAAGAAACUAGUCAUCUAACCACCCAUUUACAUUCCCAGCUUAAAAGCCUCUCUGCCAGUACGUUAUCUGUGUCUUCGGGGAGCAGCAUGGGAUCCUUAGCAUCUAGUCGAGGGUCUCUGAAUACAUCUAGUGGGGGAUCACUGAAUUCUCUUAACUCUACAGACCUCUACUACAACCAAGGUGAUCAACCUGUAGAUUUAGACUAUCAAUAUAAGUUGGAUUUCAUAUUACAAGAGAAAUGUGGUUAUAUUCCUUCUGGCCCUAUUACCACCAUUCAUGAAAAUGAAGUGGUCAGCUCUCAUGAGAAAAUGGGAUACAGUGACUCUUCCAGUUCUUUGGCAGCAAGUCAUGCACCCAAAAUAACUGAACCUCCUAAAUCUGUCACAUCAUUCUCUUCAAGAUCUUCCCUUUCAUCAUUAUCUCCUCCUGAAUCACCUUUGGUUUUAGAAGGUGGCUUUUCAGUCCCUCCUCAAGAUUCUCCGUUACAUCAUUUUGCCACGGACUUUGAGGACUGCGAUUUACCCAGUGACUUUACAAGCAUUACUACCUGUGAGAAACAAAUUUUGCUGGAUUCUGAAACUAGAAUGUCUUCUCAAUCACUUAAUGAUAAAUAUCGCAAUGAAAAUGUUUCACAGAGCAUAUCACAUUCAAGAAAUACAGGUAUUGACUUUUCAAGAAGAACAAGAACUCAUUUGCUUGAUGAGAAGACAGACUGUGUAUCUGCUGCUGUUUCUGAUGAGUCUGUGGCUGGAGACAGUGGUGUAUAUGAAGCUUCUGUAAAACAACCCAAUAGCAAUGAAGAAGUCACAUGUAGUGAAAAUGAUACCACAAUGCUGGAAACUGCUCAAGUACAAAUAGGACUCCGAUAUGAUACAAAGAGCUCAAGUUUUGUGAUCGUUAUAACGCAGUUACAAAAUCUUCAGGCUCUUUCAAUAUUCCCUGGUAACAAAAUAUAUUUUAGACUUGCACUUCUUCCACCUUCAACUGACAUCAGCUGUCUAUUCCGUACAAAGUUCCAUCCUGCUACUGAACCUCUUUUAUUUAGUGAGAUGUUCAGAACAGUUCUUUCCCAGGCAGUCUUGCAGAAAAAAACUUUGAGAGUAGAUAUCUGCUCUGUCAGUAAAAGUCACCAAGAAGAAUGUCUAGGUGGAAUCCAGAUAAGUCUCGGAGAUGUGUCCUUUUCAAAUGAGCUAUCUACUCUGUGGUAUAAUUUGCUAUCUUCUAAACUCACUGCUGGAAAAAGGCAUGUGAAACCAAAGAAGUAUUCAGUCUUUGUGGCAGCCAAUCCAUCACCUGGUUCCUUGGAUGCGGUCUCAGCAUUGUUGGAAAGGACAUCAGUUGAGCUGCAAGCUGUAGAACAAGAAUUGGCAGAGAAAGAAGAGGAGGAAGGGGAAGAGGAGGAAGAGGAGGAGGAGGAGGAGGAGGAGGUGGAAGAUGAGGAAACACAGGAUACCCAGGAAACACAAAGUUCUGAGGAAGAUUGGGUAGGAAUACUGGCAGAAGUAUCCAGAGAAAUGAAUGAAGAGGAGAAUAAAAUUAAAGAGACCAAAGAAGACAAAUGCACAGAUAGCAGGAGAAUGAGCUUUAAUUUGGAACAGGCAGGUGGUACUGAAUAUGAGAAAGACAGUAACUUUACAGAAGUGGAUCUCAACAAAAAAACAAUAGUGUCCCCAAUACUGGUUGAUAGAGAAACAAAUACAGAAGGUAGGCUUGAGUAUGUAGCUAUACAACCCAAGGACAAAGCCAGCCUGAAGUCUCAACAGCAUCCUUUUGUCAGAAACAGCAUGAUAGUACGUUCACAGACGUUCUCUCCAGGCGAGCGGAACCAGUACAUCUGUAGGUUGAACAGAAGCGAUAGCGAUAGCUCAACAUUGGCCAAAAGAACUCUCUUUGUGAGAAAUUCCUCAGAAAGGCGGAGCUUGAGAGUCAAAAGGCCUACUUGCCAGUCCAACUUGCGAAGAGCAAUGCGAGAGCGCCUGGUCCGUACUUCUCUUGACUUGGAGCUGGAUCUUCAGGCAUCCCGGACCCGUCAGAGUCGCCUGAAUGAUGAACUACAGACUCUUCGUGCUCUUAGGCAGAAGUUAGAAGAGAUGAAAGCAACAGGGCAGACGGAUCUUCCUCCAUGUAUUUUGGAGGAUGAAAGAUUCCAAAAGCUUUUGAAGCAAGCUGAAAAAGAGGCAGAACAGUCAAAGGACAAAAAGAAACAGGGAUUAAAUGCAGAAAAAUUGAUGAGGAAAGCUUCAAAAGAUGUAUGCCGAUUACGAGAGCAAAGCCAGAAAGUGCCAGUACAGGUGCAGUCUUUCAGGGAGAAGAUGGCAUACUUCACAAGAGCUAAAAUAAGCAUACCAGCUCUACCAGCUGAUGAUGUCUAACAAUAUUUUGCAUCAAAGGUGUUGUUCAUUUUUUUAAGUGAAUGCUUUUAUAUUAUUGUUCUACAAUCUUUUAAAGACAUAUUUUUGAAUUCAAUUGUAGAUAUUGUUUAUAAAAUACAGAACACUAUGCUCUAAUGUAACAUUUCAGACAUGCAAACUAUUCCCUCUGUCUCUUCUCUAGAAAUAUACAGCAAAAUGCAUUAGGUACACCAAUGAGACUAACUUUGUACAGUUUGUAUAUGUAAGAACAAAGGAAAUCCUAGUAUGUAUAUAUCAUUGAACUGCACUGCUGCUCUACAUAUCAUGCAAUGUGUCCCAUAAGUUUCAUUUCCCUGCUUAUUUUUUUUUUCACAAGGACAGACUGUGAAAAUGGCUGUUGAGCCAUCUAAAAGGUUUUGAAAAAAAGUGGUGGUGGUGGUGGUGGUGGUGGUGGUAGUAGUAGUAGUAGUAGUAGUAGUAGUAGUAGUAGUAGUAGUAGUGUGUACAUAGCUUUCAGGAAAUGUGAGUCCUCUUUCAUGCCAGCAGAUCUGUCUAGUGCAUACAGGUGCUGUUUAGAUUUCUGCUGUCUACAUGGAAACUUUCAACUGUGACAAAAAAAACUUUUUCCCUUUCUACCUUUUUUUUUUUUUUUUUGAAUGAAGGAAGAGGUCUAGAAUACUAAGCUGGAAGAGUAUCCUUUUUGAAUAUACUGAAGUUGGGGCUGUAUUUCAUGUCUCACUGUAUCUAAGAGCUUGGAGAGAACACGGGGGAAGUAUGUAUAACCCUCCAUGUGUUAAAGUUGAUAAUACCCAAAUGGCAGCUGUGUUAGGGAAAUGGACUCAAAUUCAGUUUCAAACCUGAGCAUACAAAGAAUAAAAAUUAAAACUAAUAUGUAAAUAUAUCUAGUAAGUAUUAAAAUAGUUACAUUCAUGAAGCCCAAACAGACCCAUUUUCACAAGAAUUGUUUGUAACAAAUACAUUUCUCUAAGGCAGUGUUUCUCAACAUUGUCAACUUUAAGAUGUGUGGAGUUAAUGUCCCAGAAUGCUGAGGAAAUCAUGGAUAUGAAUCCCAUACAUCUUAAAAUUGCCAAAGUUGAGAAGCAUUGUUCUAAGCACCCAUUGUAUAUUAUUGUUAUAGAGAUUUCUUCUAAGAAACCUUGAUAAUGAGCACUUAAAAUAAUAUUAGUUGGGUUACGAUUAAAUAGACCAUGUAAGUUGGUACCUAAAUUAAUUAUGGCACAAUAAGGAUUAAACAUGAUCAAUAAUCUUAGUUUGUUUAACCAGCAACAGAUUUAAUACAAAGUGAUUUUUUUAUUGAUUAUUCCCCAAAAUCAGCUUCUGGCUACAAGUUUACAAUAGGCAAUAGGCAAAGUAUUUGAAAAGGAUCUGUGACAAUUUGCCGUGACCACCUGCCAUGGCCAACUCA